UUUGCCUUUCUCAAAACUCAAUUAAUAUGAAGACAUUUCUGAAAUUAAGAAUGCUGUGUAUUUUAGUUUUAGUUUUAGUUUUACAGACUUGGACCCAAUGUUUUCCAGUGAGAACAGAAUGCAACCUUCGUGUACUUCAGGUAUCUGUGAAGAAGCAUAUGCUUAAUGAUGGUGUAUGGGUGAGCGCUAAUGACCUGACAAUGGGAGAUAACUGUCACGUAAAUCAUGUGAAAGAAUCUGAAUUUGAGUUCUAUUACUCUGUGAGAGAGUGUGGGAUUGAAACAAAGGUUUAUGCAGCUGUAGUCAUUUUUCAAACUAUUGUCCACUAUAACCCACAGCAACCUAUCCUUUUAGAAUUUAAUCAUUCCAAGAUUGAUUUCUUUGUAUCAUGUUCAGUAAGCAGGAUAGUACAACCACAGUAUUCUCUAUGGCCUCCUGGGCAAGAUCCACAGAGCAGUGCAUCCUAUAAUCCAUUAUUAUUUCCAGCUCCAAAAUUCUGUUCAUCCCCUAAGGAUAGCCGCUCAGAUGAUGCAGAUUAAAGUGCUGAAGAUAUGUCGGCAUUAAUUAAGGUGAAUUUCAACAUGGGUUACACUACUGAAAAGUUUGUGGUUUGGGACUCAUUACCAUGAGUAUUCUUAUAAGAUCAUUUAUAUUGGACAGUUUCCCAUUCCUGGAAUGGAUUCACUCCUCUCCACUUCUGAGAAUCUUCCAUAUUCUUCAAUACCCAGUGGAAUCACCAUUUUUUAUCUCAAAACUCUUCUGAUGUUUUCCCCCCCUCAUCCUGAACUGCUUGGGUCUUCUCUGCUUAAAUUCAUUGUAUUUAAAUUAUAAUUAUUAUUUGUUAUUUAUAUAUGUCUAGUAUCACCUGGAUAGGAUUACACAAGACCAUUAAGAACAAGAACUAUCAUAUGUCUUUUUUUGUAUCGAACACAACAGGUACUAGAAUAAAUGCUUGUUUGCUGAGAGUUGGGAGAGGUUCAUUCUGAUAAAAAGGACACAAAGAAUAGAAAAUCUUUAUCUUAAUCAACAAACAUUUAAUAAACAUUUGCUAUAUGCCAUCUAUUGCAGCAUGUGUCAAGGACAUGAAGAAAGGCAAAAAAUAGUCCCCUUUUGGAGAUCAUAUUCUAAUGGAGGUAGAUGGCAUACAAAUAACUUUGUAAACUUAAUUUAUAAUGUAAAUAAAAGUAAGAUAAGUGCAAAGGAUUAUAUGAA